AUGUCAAAAACGGACCCCCAAAACGUCGAGGACGCAAUUGAGCCCAUGCUCCAAGCGAUCGUUCGUGCCCUCAAAGACGCCACGUCGGAACACCGCAUCGCUGAAGAACUCAAAUCAAGCAUCGACAGCGUCUCCAUCGUCGCCACGUGGACCUGGCCGUAUGCUGACUUACCAAGCCUUCUGUCGGAAAAGCUAGGGAUUCAGCCACGGCACAAAAUAUAUAGCGAGCACGGAGGCAAUCAAUCGAUGAAGCUUGUCGAUGAAGCGGCAAGGAGAAUCUGGCGGGGCGAGUGCAAAGUUGCCGUCAUGACUGGUGGCGAAGCUUUGGCCUCGCUGAGCGCCAGUGCAGCCGCAAAAAGAAUGCCACCGCCUGGCUGGACGACGCCAGAACCGGGCGCAGAAGCUGCGUCUCCCUUGAAUCUCUCUCGUCUUCGGGAAAAGUUUGCCAAAAUUGCCGAGCAGAACGAAUUCGCGUGGAACUGCGGACAAAAGACCCCAACAGCGCAGAUUGUCUCUACUGUGACGGUAAAGAAUCGAAUGAUUUGCUUUCCUUAUCCAUUACUGAUGAAUGCGUUCAACAAUGUCAAUUUAGCUGCAAGCUGUAUUUUGACUUCAACCGAGUAUGCCAGACACCUUGGAAUCCACGAGAGCAAAUGGAUCUUUCCUCUAGCUGGCGCCGGUACCCAAGACUCCGAUAAUUGUCGGUAUUCUCUUCAAUUCAUGAAUGUCGAAGAUAUGGCUUAUGAAAGUGGUCACAUAGUCUGGGAGCGUCCAAAUUUCCACUCAAGUCCCGCCAUCUCACGAUCACUAGAUGCCUGUUUAGAAAUUUCUGGCUUGGCUGAAAAGGAGGUAGAUUUAUAUGACUUUUACUCCUGUUUUCCCAUCGUUCCCAAAUUAGCAUGCCACCAUUUGGGCCUUCCAUUCGACAAACCACCCAGGCCUAUCACGCUUUUAGGCGGCCUUACUUCAUUUGGGGGCGCCGGCAAUAACUAUUCCAUGCAUGCAUUAACGGCAAUGGUGCGAGAUCUGCGUCGAGGGGAUGGUCAAAACGGCUUGAUUCUGGCAAAUGGCGGAGUCCUGACCUACCAGUAUGCGCUCUGUCUUUCCACCAGACCCAGACGCGAUGGUUCUGCAUACCCGGAUAAGGAUCCUCUCCCCAGUCACGUGACAGAUACACCGGUUCCAACAGUCACUGUUCAAGCUGAAGGAGAAGCAGUGAUCGAAACCUACACGGUGGAAUCCAAUCGAAACGAUACCCCUUCCAAAGGGUUCAUCGUGGGCCGGUUGACCCGCAGCAACCACCGCUUCGUUGCGAACACGGGCAACGCAAAGACUCUAGAGCAGCUCUCGAGCGGAAACAGCGAACCAGUUGGGAGAAUAGGAUGGGUCAAAAGGGGUGACAGAGGAAGGAAUCUGUUUACGUUUGAACCGGAUGCGAAUCUGUAA